UAAAAAGGAAGCGCCAUCGUUGUCGUUCUGCAGUCUGCCGAAAGCAAGGUUAAAGAAUGGGACUCAGAAGAUGCAUGCACGUCAUCACCCAUGUUUUGACGCUCUGGGCAUUGGCUAUUUGCGUUCUCAUGCUGGUGAUGGUCGCAGCACAGACAACCAGUCUGGGCAUAGCCAAAGAAGAACGGCGACUACAGGAGUUGGAAUCCAAUUCCGGAGCGGAGACUGAUCCGUUGAACGGCAAUUUAGCUAGAACAACAUUGUACCGUUUUGGGGAGAGGCGUAACCAAAAAACUUUAAGUCUAGGUCGUAGGCUUUCAUUAAUUUCUCGCCCUCUAACACCUUUAGAAUUAAAUUUUCUGAUACAUAAUGAUGACGAUCAGGCAAAAGCUAAGAGUUAUGACUACUGCAGUCCCAUGAGACUUAGCAAAAGAGGAGGCGACGAUCAAUUUGAUGACUACGGCCACAUGCGCUUUGGCAGGUAAAGCCAUAGCAAUAUUUUGACAGAGAAUAGAUAUUAUUAAUAGUUGUGAUUGUGUAAACUGUAAUAUGAUAUAUUGAAAAAACAUUCAAGUAAUACAUUUUCGCAUUCCAAAAAUA